AUGGGAUAUAUCCCAGGCGAAGGUUUAGGUCGUGACGGCAAAGGCAUGAAACAUCCAAUCCCCAUUAUGGAGAAGCAAAAUCGCUAUGGUUUGGGGUAUGAUCCAAGCAAGGACCUCCACGUCAUUAAGAAACCAUCCCUCACAUUGAAUGGGCAAUUUGUAUUACAACACGAUACCGAGCCCUACUACGAAUUUCCUGAACCAUGGUAUGACCCAGUUAAGAAGCAGAGACUUCCAGGACUAGAAAUCUUCUUUGCUGAAGCUAGAGAUGAGGAAUUAAUCAAAAAAUGGUUAUACAAGGAACCUAAGCCUAAAGAGAACAUUGAUUGGAUCGAAUAUUUGAAGCAAGGAGUUUUGAGGCAAUUAUUUACGAACUUUGGAAAUGAAGGAAAUCUUGAUCCAAUGGCGCUUACUCUACCGGUUAAUACAAGGAUUGAGCGUGAAGGCAAUGUCCACCUCAAGAACGAAGAAGCUUACAUUCCACCCGUUUUAGGUGAUCCAAUCCCCAAGCAUCUUUCAAAUCCACACCUUACCCACUCCUCCGCCUCGGAAGGUUACGAAACCGAUAGUUCAUCGUCUAGCCAAUCAUCCCUUCAUACCCAGUCUUAUUAUUCUGAAAAUGAAGACCUUGAGGGUGUUAAUAAACCUAAAUAUAUUUGCAUGCAAGAAGUUAAUUUUGAUCAUAAUGAAUUAUCUGAUAAUGAAUCUUUCGAUGAGCCUAAGUCAUGCAUGAUGCCCAUAGGAGAGUCAAUAGUUGUAAAUAUUGGCACUGAUAGUAGUGUAAAAGAAGUAAAAAUAGGAUCCUCACUUUCCCCUGAGGAACAAACUGCAUUCAUUGCAUUGCUUAGGGAGAACGUAGAUGUAUUUGCAUGGUCAUAUGCAGAUAUGCCAGGUGUUGACCGUAACAUUGCCGAACAUCGCAUUCCUCUUUAUCCCAACAGCAAGCCGAAGCAACAAAAGCUCCGAAGGAUGAAACCGAAAGUUAGUCUAAAAGUCAAAGAAGAAAUCCAGAAACAACUCGACGCCAAUUUUAUUAAACCAAUCAAACACCCUGAAUGGUUGGCUAACAUAGUGGUAGUUACCAAAAAAGACGGAAGGGUCAGAGUAUGUAUCGACUUCAGGGAUCUAAACGCUGCAUCACCAAAAGAUUACUUCCCUUUGCCUCACAUUGACGUACUGGUGGAUAGUACCGCGGGGCAAGCCAUGUUCUCAUUUAUGGACGGAUUCUCGGGCUAUAAUCAAAUACUCAUGGCAGAAGACGAUAUGCCAAAGACGUCAUUCAUCACCCCAUGGGGAACAUUUUGUUACCAAGCAAUGCCGUUCGGUUUAAAAAACGCAGGGGCCACUUAUCAACGAGCUGCAACAACAAUUCUACAUGACCUUAUUCAUGAUACGGUUGAAGUAUACGUGGAUGAUAUGAUUGUCAAAAGCCACGAUGGAGGGGAGCACAUAAGUGCAUUAAAGUCAUUUUUUGACAGGAUUAGAAAAUAUAAUUUGAGAUUGAAUCCUCAAAAAUGCGUAUUCGGAGUUACUUCUGGAAAGCUGUUGGGCUUUAUUGUCAGCAAAGAUGGGAUCAAAGUCGAUUCCGAUAAAGUGAAAGCCAUUCAAGAACUUCCUCCACCAAGAACGGAAAAAGAAAUUCGGGGAUUCCUAAGAAGAAUUCAAUACAUUAGCAGGUUCAUAUCGCAACUGAGCACUCGAUGCGAACCGAUUUUCAAGCUGUUGAGGAAAAAUGUUCCGAAAAAAUGGAAUGAAGAAUGCCAAGCCUCAUUUGACUCGAUGAAGGAAUAUCUGUUAGUAUUAAUGCCACCCAAGCCGGGAGAGCCUUUGAUUUUAUAUCUCACAGUCACAGAAACUGCCAUGGGAGCGUUAUUGGCUCAAUACCAAGAAGGCACCAAAAGAGAAAUUGCCAUCUACUACCUCAGCAAAAAGUUUUUGGAUUAUGAAACCAGAUACAAUCCUUUAGAAAAAGCUUGCAUCGCCCUCAUAUACGCCACUAAGAAGCUACGACAUUAUCUACAGGCUCAUACAACUUUCCUUAUCUCAAGACUAGAUCCUAUCAAGUACAUCUUUGAGAAACCAAUUCUCACUGAGAGAUUCGCGAGAUGGCAUGCAAUGCUUUCAGAAUUUGAUAUUCAAUGUGUAAACCAGAAAUCUGUUAAAGGAAGGGCGAUAUCUGAAGCAUUGGCUGAUGGACCAAUAUCAGGAGAUGAAUUUGAUGACGAGUUUCCAGAUGAACAUUUACUCAACAUUGGGAUAUCUAGGUGGAAAAUAUACUUUGACGGAGCAUCUAAUAGAAGGGGCAAUGGCGCGGGUGUUUUGCUCAUUGAUCCUUAUGGAAUUCAUAUCCCUUUUGCUGUGAAGUUGAGUUUUCCAACGACUAAUAACACGGCAGAGUACGAAGCUUGCAUUUAUGGCGUUAAGGCAGCCUUAGCGGCAGGGGCGAAAUACCUCACAGUAUAUGGAGAUUCUAACCUCAUUAUCUCUCAAGCAAUUGGAGUAUGGAGAGUCCGAGAUGAGAGAUUACAAAUGUAUACCGAGUAUCUCCAACAGUUCAUUCCGUACUUUGAAGAUAUUGACUUCAAGCAUCUUCCCCGGGAGCAAAACAGUUUCACGGAUGCAUUAGCAAACUUAGCGGUAAAUUUAACAUAG